AAUUAGCCAUGUCAAAGUUUGAGAAUAUUAGCAAAAGAUCACACGAGCUAGACCCGUGCACCAACUCCAAUUAUGCAGAGUUUAAGGUUGUCCACACGGAUUUGUCGCUCCUGGUAUCGUUUGAGAGUAAGAAUAUUUCAGGAAAUGUGAUAUACACUUUGAAGAAACUCACCAAAACCAACCGCCUUGUAUUGGACACUUCGUUUUUGGAAGUGCUGACUGCUAAAGUCAAUGGUAAAGAAGUUGUUUUCGAACUUUUGCCACACAAAGCUCCUUUUGGCUCUCCCUUGGUAAUUCCAAUUGAUGGUGAAAAUGAGAGUCUCACUGUGGAAGUCGAUUUCCGUACCACCGACAAGUGUACUGCCAUUCAGUUUAUUCAAGGAGACACUGGUCCAUAUGUAUUUUCUCAAUGUCAAGCCAUUCACGCUCGUAGUUUGUUCCCUUGUUUUGACACCCCUGGUGUCAAGUCUCCAUACAAGUUCACAGCUAAAUCGCCUCUGGUGUGUACUAUGUCUGGUAGACCGCAGCCAAGUAAUGAAGCAGGUGUAUACCAUUUUGACCAGCCUAUUCCCAUUCCUUCAUACUUAGUUUCUAUCACUUCUGGUAAUCUCCACAAGGCUCCUAUUGGUCCCAGAUCUGAUGUCUACUCUGAAGAGCCAUCUUUGAAGGACUGUCAGUGGGAGUUUGAGAAGGAUAUGGAGAAUUUCAUCCAGAUCGCCGAGAAGAUCGUCUUCGAAUAUGAAUGGUCGAGAUUCGAUUCGUUAGUUCUUCCUUCGAGUUUCCCCUACGGAGGUAUGGAAAUUCCCAACAUGACCCAGCUCACACCCACUUUGAUAAGUAAGGACAGAACUCAAGUCAAGGUGAUGGCACAUGAAUUGGCUCAUUCAUGGUCCGGUAAUCUCGUUACUAAUUGUUCGUGGGAGCACUUUUGGUUGAACGAAGGUUGGACUGUGUAUUUGGAAAGGCGAAUUAUAGGAGCCAUAGCUGCUGCUGAAGCCCAAGAGGAAGGCAGAGCCAACCCAGAAAAGUAUGGCGAGCAAGUGAGACACUUCAAUGCCAUUAUUGGCUGGAAUGCAUUAGUAGAGACUGUGGAGUCGUUUGAUCCCAAGUUCACAUCAUUGGUAUGGGACUUGGCAAGUGGCGAUCCCGACGAUGCAUUUUCUAGAAUUCCAUAUGAAAAGGGUUUCAACUUCUUGUUUCACAUCGAGACGAAAGUCGGUGGUACCAAGGAGUUCGAUCCAUUUAUCAAGCAUUACUUCAAGAAGUUCCGUUACCAAUCGCUUAACAGUGCUCAGUUCAUAGAGACCUUGUAUGAUUUCUACACUCCAUUGGGUAAGAAAGAUGCGUUGGACACCAUUGAUUUGGAGAAGUGGUUGUUCCAGCCCGGCUUACCUGAUGAUCCCAAGUUCGACACUACAUUGGCUGAUCAAGUCUACGUCUUGGUUGAAAAGUGGGUGGACUUCGUUAAGUCCGGUGAAACUGAAGUCAAGUUCUCCGAAGCUGAUGUUAAGGAAUUCGAAGGAGAACAAGAGAUGCUCUUUAUCGAAACCUUAACUGAUAGAUUUAAGGACCUUGAUGUCUCUCCUGAACUCAUCAGAAAGUUGCCUUCUAUCUACCCAAAGUAUGCAGCCAGUAAGAACGGUGAAGUACUUGCUCGUUGGAAUGAAUUGUUGAUCAAAUACGGGAACUACACUAGUUCGGACGAACAAGUUAAGUUCUUUGCUGACUGGUUGGGCACUGUAGGUCGUAUGAAGUAUGUCAGACCAGGUUACAAGCUCUUGCAGACCAGUGUCAGCAUCGAGUUUGCUGUGGAGACUUUCAAGAGAUUUGAAGACAAGUACCACCCUAUUUGCAAGACCAUGGUGCAGAAGGACUUGAAUUUGGCUUAGGAGCUUUAAAAUAGUAUUUACAUCUAUAUUAUACAAAUCCUAUUAC